UGUAAAUAGUUCUAUAAAUGGCGUAGCACUCUGGACAGACUGUUAGGAGAUGCAUUAUUGCAUAAUUUUCGUGAUGAAGGAAAGAAGGAAUUAGCAAAGAGCUUAAUGUUACAAAACGAAGUACUCAAGUGAUCAGCAUUACAUAAAAAAGUAACAGAUUGGUUUCAGUGACGCGACAUUGUACUUGAAGAAUUAAAUAAGUGGGCAAAACGUUAUAUGACAGUUUAUACAUCAAACAUAAUGUGUGUCGUUUAUACAUUGUCUCUAAUGAUGCGAAAUCGGUUUCUUUAUAAAGGUGGUGUAAGGUUCCCCUGACAGCACCACAUAUUGUUCUAAGAGCAUUCUCUUCAUAUUGGUCAAAGGAUCACUUAUCCAACCGAACAAUAACAAGGCGGAAGUGUGAUAAUGGUGUAGUGUCUGACUUAAUUUCCUUAAAUGCUUGACAGAGGAAGUGAGUUUUCAUAGACUUUAUUUAUGAGAGCCCGAGAGGACAUAUGGUUAUCUUGUAUAAUUAUAUCAAUCACGGAUUUACGAUAACUCGUCUUUCAAUAGAAAAUAUUUUCAUUUGUUCAGUAACUUGCGUAUUUAAAACUGGACAUAACUGAGAAAUGGGUUUUCCGACUACAAUUAUCUGUGUUGUGGCAUUUGUGUUCGUUUCCAAUGCAUUCAGACCUUCACGAAUAUGGAAAUUCUGUUCUAAAGACUUAUGCCUUUGUUCCCAUUCAGUCGCGUCGUGCAUACGACACGGUGACAAUUUGACCUUUAUUCCUCCACUUCCUGGCUACAUCACUGAACUCAACUUCUCAUUUAAUCAUCUUCAUUCUGUUAGUCAACUAACAUUUGUGAAUAUUUCAAGACUGAAGAUUGAAAAUUUAGCUUUAGUGUCUAACAAUAUAGUGAUUAUUUCAUCUAAUUCCUUUGAUAGGUUUGAAAAACUUGCCGUUUUAGACUUAAGUUUUAACCCAGUCGGCCUUGUGUCACUUAAAGGAGUUUUACAGUCACUUUGGACCCUGCCUGUAUAUUUCUUAUCGCUAAACGGUAUGGGUAUUGGUGACCAGCUCUUUGAAGCAGUGCAGUUUCUGAACUCUACAAAAUUAACCUUGAUGAGCGUUUACAAGAAUAAUCUGACAUUAUACAAUCAAACAUCCUUUGAUCACGUACCCAUGCUAAUUACGAUACAUCUGGACUAUAAUUACAUAUCCCAAGUAAUUAUCGAACAGUCUCCACAUCUUAAAACCAUAAGUCUUGAAUAUAACAGCCUUUCAACAGUUCCGGAUUUUUGCACCAAUAAAAGAAAUCCCCACAUGAAAAAUCUAAUUCUGGCCCAUAACCGGAUCGCGGAGUUCAAAGGAGCAAAUAUAGAGUGUCUGCAACACCUUAGACUACUGACGUUGAAUGCAAAUCCUAUUAGUGUUAUUCGAAAAAAUUCUUUUGCAAUGCUUCGUUCACUGCACAUAUUAAUACUACACGAUUUACGUGGGCCACUUAACUAUAUUGAAGAGUUUGCCUUCAACAACAGUGAAGUAGUUUGGAUAAAUCUGAAGAGCAACAGAAUUAAGUUUGAGACGGUGAGUCCACGCAUGUUCUGGGGUUGUGUGAAUCUAAAGAGCCUCUCCUUGUCCUACAACCGUUUCUCGAACGUUAACGACACGAUGAUGGAAGAGCUGUUUCAUCCUAUAAAUCAGCUAACAUCCCUUGAUAUGGGCAGUUGUGGGCUACGUGCUAUACCCAAAGUCCUGACUAAGAAUUUAACAAAGCUGAAGUGGUUAACUCUGUUCAAGAAUUACAUAAAAUCGUGGCCACCAGGUACGUUUGAUUCUAUGACUUCACUUACUGAAUUGUAUCUAAUGGGCAAUAAGAUUGGAAACAUAAAAGAAGAUUCAUUUCCUGUAGACAUUCGUCAACGCCUGAAGCAGAUUAAUCUUGCGCAAAAUCCAUUUGGUUGUACCUGCGACCUCUUAUGGUUCCUUAACUGGUUUAAGACGAACAGGACUAUUUUCAAAGAGUAUGACCACUCGUACAAAUGUUCUUCACCAUUGUCACUUCAGGACGUCCAGCUUAUUCACGUGCAUUUAUCAGAACAGAAAUGUUUGAUCGGGGUGAUGACCACUUUUGUUAUUGUUGCUGCAGCAUCUUUUGGUGUGCUUUUCACUAUUAUCAUUUCAGUGUUUUACCGAAAACGCUGGUCACUAAAACAUUAUUGGUAUAUGCGAGGACACAGACAGAGACGUCAACAGGAGAUAGACCUAGACUAUAUGUACGAUAUUUACGUUAUCUACAGUGAAGAAGAUCUUAGGUGGAUUACACAGGAAAUGCUUCCGUUUCUUGAAGACACAAAAGGAUUAAAACUUUGUAUCCAGCAACGAGAUUUUACUCUAGGAAAAGCGAUGGUCGACUGCAUAGUAGAAGCAGUGCAUUGCAGUCGCGGAUUUAUUUUGGUGGCAUCCAACACGUUUGUGGAGGAAGAAUGGUGCCAGUUUCAAUUACAGUUAGCUCACAAGCACAACGAGGAACGCGACCUUGACCUCUUGGUGGUGAUUCUUCUGGAGGAAGUGGAUCAACGUCACAUUACCCCAGCACUAUACGCGGUAAUUAAAACAAAAGACUAUAUUAGCUGGCCAGUAGAUGACGAAGAUAGAAUCACAUUUUGGGAAGACGUUUACCAGGAAAUCACUCAGUAAUUCUAUAUAAGAAACAAACCAGUGGAAUGUCUGCACCAGAUUGUGUUAAUGAAUUUCGUUUGAAUCCGGUUACUUUUCUUGCAUCCAAUCAAGUAACAACGUGCUUGUCCUAGAAACAGCCAUGUUAAUGAUUUGGGUUUUUACAUAAUGAUUAAUGACAUUUGGGUUGUUAUAUUAUUAUACAAUAUCUUAUUAUCUCCUCUAAAGUCCGUCUUUUCACUGUAAAAUAGUGUUAUUGUAUGUUCCUCACAUGCCGUUGUGCAACGACCUGAGCGUAAUAAAGUUCUGUCCUGUCCUAUUCUGUUCUGGAAUCGGGACGGCUGUGGAAAUGUGACUCUAGGUUUAAAAUUAUAGAAACAUUAAUGUGAAAUGCUCCAGCCCAUGUUGUGUAGUUCGAUGUCUUCCUUUGCCCCAGUUACAUGUCCGUCAUGGGCGGGACGUAGCCCAGGGGUAAAACGCUCGCCUGAUGUGUGGUCGGUCUGUCAGUGGGCCCAUUGGGUUAUUACUCGUUCCAGCCAGUGCAUCACAAGUGGUAUAUCA